UAGAAGUAUCGGUACAGCAGUUUGUAAACAUUCACACUGGAAUCAAGAAGACAAUAUCUAGCCACAAAAGAGGACUAUAGAGAUUUCACUUCAUAACGUACUUUCAUAAGGAAGUAAAACAGGACAGAACAAAGGAGAAGGAGAGAAGAAGAGACGAAAGAGUGAAGAAUCUGGACAUGCAUGGCAAGAUCUCGGAGUUGUUCUUGAUUAAUGCAUUAACAUGUGGCCUGGAGGUAUGCCUGGCUGCUGGGACCAUCUACAUCCCUCCAAUGCUGCUGGAGGCAGGGGUAGAGGAGCGCUUCAUGACCAUGGUUCUAGGUGUGGGACCCAUGCUGGGGUUGAUCUUUGUUCCUUUAAUUGGCUCAGCAAGUGAUAGUUUGAGAAGUAAAUAUGGCCGCCGACGACCCUACAUCUGGGCAUUGUGCAUAGGUGUCCUUCUUGGACUACUGAUCAUCCCUCAGACGUCCACCCUCGUCACCCUGUUUACAACCCAAGAAUACCAUUGGCUGGAGGUCCCACUACUAAUUCUUGCCAUCUGCUUGAUGGAAUUCUGCGGCCAGGCCUGCUUCUCCCCUUUGGAGGCCCUAGUAUCAGAUCUCUUCCCUGGAGAAGAUGAGAGCUGCAAGGCCUUCUCUGUGUACUCCCUAAUGAUCAGCCUGGGUGGAUGUCUGGGCUACCUGCUACCCGCAGUUGACUGGACCACUUCGGAUGCUGUGGUCUACCUGGGUGGUCAAGAGGCCUUCAUUUACAUUGUGCUUACCUUUGUCUUUCUUGCUUGUUUGAUGGGUACAACUUUUAUCUCUGAAGAGCACACUGGAAGAGAAAGAGUCGGAGAAGUCGAGAACUCCAGAAAGCCUGCAAACACUAGGACUUGUUGGAAUGCCUGUUCAACAUUCCCCAGGGUUCUUUUCUGCCGAAAAACACUCUCUUCCAUCCUGUCUGUGCUUCCUCGACUCUACACGCUCUGCAGUCGAAUGCCAAAAGUCAUUGCAAGGCUGUUCGUCGCUGAGCUGUGCAGUUGGAUGGCUCUUAUGUCCUUUAUGCUGUUCUACACAGACUUCGUUGGAGAAGGAUUAUAUAAAGGGGUGCCCAACGCAGAGCCUGGAUCCCUAGGAAGGAUACGCUAUGACGAAGGUGUACGAAUGGCAAGUCUGGGACUUUUCCUGCAAUGUGUGACAUCUGUGUUCUUCUCGUUGGUUAUGGAGCGUAUGGUGUUGCGGGUUGGUACUAGAAAGCUGUAUCUGAGCAGCAUGGUACUCCUGGCAGUGAGUACAGCUAUCAUGACUGUCUCUCACAACAUUACAUUAGUCACCAUUAUGGCUGCUGCUACAGGAUACACCUUCUGCACCCUGCAGAUUCUGCCCUACACGCUAACAUGCCUUUACCACUCAAAUACACAGGUGUAUUUUUCCAGUGACAAAUGCAAAAUUGAUAUCAGUGGGAAGGAUCUGCAGUUGGUCAAAUCUACCGACAUACAGUCCUUGACCAAGCUGAAAAGGACCAAUGGGUGCGUCAAUGUAUACCCUGGUGGCCCACCCAAAUUGAUACCCUUCCAAAAUAACCUACCAACCUCAAAACCACUUAAUCUGCAAGUGUCUUUUCCCAUUGAGUCACAACCCCCAGCCCUCAGAGGCAUGGGUACAGACAUAGCCAUAUUGGACAGUGCCUACCUGCUGUCUCAGGUAGUGCCUUCUCUUUUCAUGGGCUCCAUUGUGCAGUUCUUUCACAGUGUAACUGCCUACAUGGCAUGUGCAUCUUUGCUGAGUGUGGUGGCUGUGUAUUUCUCCACUAAAAUUGUCUUCGAAAAGACCGAUAUGGACACAAAAUGACUAAUGUCACCUAGAGACAAGGACUCUAGAUUGUGACAAGAAACUUAAAAGGCCAUAGAAGGCUUAAAAAAUGUAAAAGGCAGCUGAUUCUGUUUUAAGUAAUGUUUGAAUGUUUUAGUGUACUAUAUUUUAAUAUAUUUGGAAAGAUUGAUGGUGAUGUGUCACUUAGCAAGCACUUUAUUUUAAAAAGCAAUGCUUGUAAAAUAUUAAGUAAAAUUGUGGCUUUAGAGUAAAUGUUAAAGGGUGUUGCAUUAUCAUUGUUAAUAAUAGUUCAAAAUGUAUUUGACAAAAUGAUGGUUAUCUAACCUCUAUUGUCUUAUAUCCAUCUGGCCAUUUGCAAUAUCGAAAAAUGUUAUACCCUUUCAAGGAAAGCACUUACACAAAGUACGAUGAAAGUAUUAAAUGAUUUGUGUCUGAUGAACUCUACAAGUGCAGAAGAGUAAAACAUGUUAAUAUUCAAAUGACAGAUUGAUGCUGUAUAACACAUAUUACUGUCAGAUAAACUGGUUUACUCUAACAUGCUUAUGAAAUUAUCAAGGCAAACCUAUAAGAAGAGUGAUGUUUACAUAUAUGGUUCAUAUAGGUUAUUUAUUCAUCUGAAGAUUUGCUAGUUAUGCUUCUCUUUAGCAUGACUUUGGCUUAAUUUAUUGGA